AUGGGGACCGGCAAACUACGGGCCAAACUGCCGGUACUACUGCUACUGUUGUCGCUCCUGGCGGCCGAUGGUGCCAGGAAAGUCUGGCUGAAGAACACCAACUGGAUGAACUCCGCCAACUGGAAACGAGGCUCGCUGCCCUGCAGCAAACAGGUCGUGUCUUUUGAGGAGAAGCCCGAACCGUACGCAGUUUUCGUGGAGCAUGACGUCAGUGUGGGGGAACUGGUCCUCCCCAUGAACGGAGAGAUCGUGUUUGCGGAUGACCUGAAGGUCAACUUCGGUUCGUUCUUCCACGAGCCGACCUGCAUGGCUGGAGAGAACAGGUUUGUUGGUGGAGAACCGGAGGACUGGCUCAACCCCCACAACUGGCGCGUGGAGGAUGACCUGAGCGUGGUGCCGCCAAUGUCAUCCGACGGUGCAGCCGUCCCCACCAGCGCAGCUGACGGCAGUGACGGGUUCCCCCUGCUCCAGGCCGAGGUAGUGCCCUGUACCCACGACACCGUCGUCUUUCCUGAGAACGCCACGUACCUGGUGAGCCUGGACCACAGCAAGGAGGUCAAACAAGUGGACUUCACCGGCACGGUCUACAAGAAGUCGAACGAGUUUGGGAAGUUCCUGGAAUCAGAGAACGGCAAGAUGCAGUUCAAGCUGGGACCGUCAGGAGGCAUCGUUGUACAGGGACAAGACUGCAAUGACAAUUCCGGCUGUUACUGUGGUAACGAGGAACACAUGGACAAGAUCUGUGACCUCUACGGAGACAACUGCCUCUCUGUGACCUGCAGCAAUCCCGUCACCCCUAGCGGCAGCUGCUGCCCCAUGUGCGGCGCGGUACUGCUGCUGUCCUAUGACAAAAUGUCGUUUGACAUCAUGGCCUUCCAGGACCGUCUUGUCGAUGACUACAUGCUCAAUGAGCACGGCUACAAGGGCCGUGUGAAGGGCCGUGUGAGUAAGCUGAAGGACGGGCACGUUCAGCUGGUCCUGGUGGACAACGUGCCCGGGGCUCAGAACGGCAUGGCGGCGGGGGAGGUCGGCAAACACAUCGCCUCUCUCAUCGAGGAAGAUAAUAUGUCACCGUUCCCGACUUUUGGUGUGACCAGCAUCAGCAUAGACAAGUCCGGUGUGGGCAACAAAGCCCAAGUCGCUGGAGGAUCCGGGAUGAACACUGUGAUCUACAUCGCUGCUGGAGCCGGCGGCGGGGCGGUGUUCUUCAUCGCCAUCUUGGUGUCCCUCGGCAUCAUCAUCAAGAAGUAA